AUGAGCUGUCAGCGCCCAUCACAAUCCAGUCAAAUAACAAAUUUCAUGGCUACGUGGCACAGGCAAGCGACCAGCCUUGAGCUGCUUGGCACAUCGUCGGACGUCUCGUUGCCACCAGCAUCAUUUUCAGACUUGAGUAGCAUCUCGGAUCUGCAGGAUCAUGUUGAGAAGGCGCAACAAGACACGACAGAGCUUCCUGAAAGCCUCAAUCAGCUCUAUGACCGACUAAAAGCUCGCGGAAAAGAACCGGUUCUUCCAGCAUCAUGGGAUUAUGACUUUCUUGGGCUUGACCGCUCGUUGUUUGCCGUGCAUGACGACGAAAAUGCAGCUUUGACUGGUAUUCGCUGCAUUUCUGAUACCGAAGCCUCUCAUUUCCGCGGCAAGAUGGCGUUUGAGCGUCUGCUCAUGGUUGGCAAGAGUAUACGCACGGUCAUGGAGCUCAAUCGGCUUCGCAGGGUGCAUCAGCAGGGCCGACUUGAGCCCAUCGUCUCUCGCGCCUUGAGUGGAUUCUUGUCAUGGGCUGCUCAAGAUGCUAGACAAGACCUCGACGUAUUGGCCCUCUUCGCACCCAUCACAGCAAGACCACUUCAAGCACAAAGACGCCGACCCACUUUUACGUCCAAAGCAGAUUUGCAGAUCCUCGAACAGCACACACAAGCGCGGAUGAAGCGUAUCGCCAAACUUCACCGUGCAGCGCGUACACACCUGUACCCUCUGACAGGUCCAAGCUAUAAAGCAACGACACUGUUUGGAUUCGCUCUUUGCGUCAUGGUAGCUGAUUUCAGUGAUGUAGGUCAGGAUCUAUGGAAUAGCUUGGCACUUGCAUUGACCAUCAUGGCAGCGCGUGACGAGUGUCUCGAAUGUGCAUCUGUCGGCGUCUUGCCACAUCUCAUCGCUUCUGCACAGUACUCUGGGUUAGUCGUUGAUGAAAUGAGCGCAGACGAAGAUGUCUGA